AUGGAUUUGUUUCAAAUUAUUUUUGGUAUAUUCAUUAUUAUUGCUGUUUAUAUUAGAAUUAGAAUAGAAAGAAAUGAAAGAGAUUCUAAUAUGGCAUUAUUAGUGUUUCCAUUGUUUGAGUUUAAAAUAUCUUAUAUCGAUGGCAAAUCGAAAUACUCUAGCUGCAUUGUCGAUAAAGAGACAUACUCUAUUAGACAGUCAACAGAUGUCAGUUUCUAUAGCGAUGCGAUGAAUGUAAUCGCAAAGAUAGAGAAAAACAAGAUUGGUAUCGACGAUCUACUCUUCCUCUACCCUAAACCAGGAGAAUCAAACGAUUUUGCAACACAUCCUUAUGCGCUAAAGUAUAUUCCGUAUGACCAUGCACUGAAGUUAUUCGCGGAAUUCGAACACGUAAAGAAUGAAAUUGGAAGAUUGUUCAUUGUUCUUCAGUUUCUCAUUUACUUCCACAACAAGAAAGACAAGAACAUUCAAGAGUUCAUUGCUUUCGGUGAGAAAGUGGAGGCCGAUCGCUCGAAGAUAGUGAGAGCAAGUGGUCCAAUAUUGUUCAGACACUUCAAAACUACUUCAUACAUUUCGCCAGAAAUCGAUAGAAUAUUCUUCUUUUUCUUUAAAGUUCUAGAUGGUAGUAAUAACGAUAAGUCUGUCAACGAUUUUACGUCUUACAGAAAAUUCAUUGCAAACAGUAAUAUAGAUAUAUUAAAACGAAAACUAGAGAUUCAACCGUCAAAGAUACAGAGAGAUUCAUCAAUAUUAACACGAAUAAAGAUCAUUGGAUAUACUUUGAUGGCAGAUUUCUGCCUACGACAAGAUCAUCUACCAACAGAGUCACCAAAAAUCAUUGGAUAUACAUUGAUGGCAGAUACAUUCCUACAACAAGAUCUACUUCAUGAAACUAGAGUUGAGGAUUGGAAAGAACUGAUGGUUGAAAUGUCAAGUGUUCUCUUCUCUUUAGCGAUGGUAUCGAAACAGUUCUUUGCAAAUGUUGGACGUGUCUUGGAGAGUAUCGAUUGGACAAGACGAUUCCCAAACAAAUACAUUAAAGGUCAAAUCAAUUACGACAAACCAUUCUGUUUGCUCAAGAGAGUUCCUUCAAGCAUUCGAUACGAUGCACUCAUAAGAACUACACCUUACAGAUUGGUUAGCCAAGCAUUUAGCGGCGUUACAUCACUCACCAUUGUUGGUGAUAUGCUUGAGCGGGCUCACAUAUAUGGUGUCGAUAGAGACUAUAAAUUGGAACGUGACAAUCUCUACGAUAUCGACAAGUGUAUUUUCGUCACCUAUCCACCGGUUGGAUCGAUGCCAAAUCUCACCAAACUCGUUGUUGUUGGAAGAGCCUUUCAAUGGCAAAGAUCUUCAGCGGAAACAGGUGGACUCUAUCUUCUCAAGUAUCUCAUUGCCAACACCAGAUGCAAACUCGAACACUUUGAAUGUAUUGAACAACUCUCACUGAACUAUCAACCGGAAUUCGAUAUCUCUGUUUUCCAAUGUCUCUUUGACAACCACGAGUCAACACUGAGGCUCUUCAAGCUGAAACGAACAAUCAAGAGGAAUGAAAGAUAUCUAACUGAAUUAAAUACCAUUGUUGAAACGUUAAAGAGAUACCAAUUAAAUCUUCAAUUCAAGUUAGAGUUUUAUGACAACAAUGAUAAUAGUGAUCUAUGGGGAAAUACUGAAGAUUCAUAUAAAUUGGUGGAAGAAUUUGAAGAGUUGGAACUUUUACAUAGAGUAGCUAAUCAUAACGAUAACUCUGAUGAUGAUGCUGAUGCUGAUUAUGAUAGUUCCUAUGAGGAUUCAUAUUCAGAUAUCUAA